UUUUAUUUUUUUCUGUUAUGGCACAGGCUGUCAAUGACAUUUGACAAUAAUUGACAAUGUCUGAUGUCAAUGAUAUUUGAUUGUAAAUGUAAACCAAAGGCGCCAAUCUUGCUAAUAAUUGCUAAAUUCUCUUAACUCCUAGAUUAAUCAUUGGAUUUGUAUUUUUUUAUUUGUUUUGACGUGCAUACUGAAUUGUAGUAAAAAUUUACUUGAUUGUUAUAAUUUACAAAAUUCUAAUAGAUAUCUCUUACAAUAAUUAUUCUAACACACCAACAUCUUUAUGAUCGUUUGUUAUUAAUUAUUUUUCUAUAAAAAUCAAUAUGCAGAGUCUACUAUCCCGUAUGGUUAUAAACUCGGUCAGGCCAACGCUUUUAAAAAAUUGUUUACACACAACCUCUGCUCACUGUGAUGCACAAACUACUGAAAAAACUAUAAAUCAAGUGACUCUAUUGGGAAGAGUUGGAGCUGAUCCACAAAAGCGAGGAUCAGAAGAACAUCCGGUGAUCAAUUUUCCUCUUGCAACUCACUUCAGUUAUAAAUAUGAAUCUGGUGAUAUAUUGCAGAGAACUGAUUGGCACAGAAUUAGUGUCUUUAGACCUGGUCUCAGAGAUACAGUAUAUAAAUACCUUAAAAAAGGUCAAAGAGUCUAUGUGACUGGAAAAUUGUCUUAUGGAGAAGUCAAACUGGAUGAUGGGCAGGUUAGAACAGCUUCAACUGUUAUUGCAGAUGAUAUCAUUUUCUUCCAAAGUCAACAAGAAAAAUAGAUGUAAGUGUUUGAUCAUUUAGCAUAUAAGCGUAGUCUGUGUAGUGAUUCCAAUUAUUAAAGUUACUAAGUGUAAAUUGUAAAA